AUGCACACUUUUGUUGAAUUACAUCCGCAGCAUUUCACCGACAACACCAGAUUCGAUAGAGACAAUCCGCCAUCACAUCCAAUACAAGAUGAUUCUUCAUGGUAUCUCAAUUUUCCAGGUUUGUACUCAAUUUAAUUUAAAAUAUUAAUUUAAAAAUCUACUACUAACAAUAGUCCACAAAACUGUAAAGAAACAACACGAAACAAAUGAGUUUUUAGUUUACAUUUAAGUUAGUUUUAGUUUUCUAAUUUCAACAGGUUCUACAUUCAUAAGGAGUAGAUAUUUUCUUUUUAGGAUUGGCAAUGCUUGUGUGCUUAAAGUAACGCACAGCCACUAAAGAUUCACCGAUAGGGACAUGCGAUAUUGUGCUAACUAUUUUUUAUUGAAGAAAUUAAUAGAGAUAGAAAUAGCCAAAAUUUAUAGUUUAAUGUUUUUAGACAUACAUAUAGCCAAUAUUUGUCCUUUGCAAAUUUUGCCAAUUUCGAUUGCCCAGGAGUUAGCCAUCUUUGUGAAAACUAUUGGUAUCCUCAUUAGUUGUUUAUUACAGCACUUUCCAAGAUAAUGCGUCAAAGCUAUUUAACAAUCUACCAGAAACAAUUAGAAACUGUAAUGAUUACAGAACCUUUUUAAGACUUUCAAGGAAUUUUUUAUGUAACAGAGUACAGAGUGAUGAGUUAUUUUUACUGUAAUUUCGAUUCUGUUAAUCCUACUUCUACUUCUGAUUUUAAAUUACAUAAUUUGUAAAUAACUUAAUUUGAUUUAUUUUUUAAUUGUAAUUGAUGUACUUUAACAGGGAAGAGCCACCCAGUGGAUCUGUUAAUAAACCAUUAUUAUUAUUAUUAUUAUAUUAUUAUUAUUAUUAUUAUUAUUAUUAUUAUUAUUAUUAUUAUUAUUAUUGUGAUCAUAUCAAAGCUCGCAAAGGCGUUUUGUUCCUCUCCCCCCUUCCCAUGGUUGGAAAAGGCAAUCAGUUGACGGCUAUUGAAACCCUCAGCAUACGUCAAAAUCAAAUUUUGACCACGUCUGAAGAACUGUUAUUAUGUUUUUUUUCUAAAAUGUCAAGUGUUUUUAGAGGUAUAUGAAGGGGAAAACAGGGCACACGUCUCAAAACCAAACUAAUGUACAGCUGCAAAACGUGUACUUAAUCCAACUAUCUUUUUCAUUAAAUUCGCUCAUUAAACAGGAUUUAAAUGUCUUUCAGAUAUUACUUACAUGAAUAUUAGUGAUGCUGCGAAGGUAGGCGAUGUAGAGACACUGAAAUCAGCAUUUGCCAGAGGAAUACCUGUUGAUCAACGGGAUAAGUACUACAAGACACCACUUAUGGCCGCCUGUGCGCAUGGAAACAUUAAUGUAGCUCGGUAUUUGAUACAGAUCGGGUAAGUAAACUGGAAAAUCAAGAUUUUUACUCACUGCUACUGCUUAUAUUGGCCAUUGAGAUUUUUGAGAAUAGAAACUCUGUUUUUGUCAAGACUGAUAAAUUUAAAAGCCUGCCGGCAAAGUUUCAGCUCUGACAGACAGUUACGAGAAAAAGAUCAAACAUUCGACUUCUUCAUCUCCUCUUCUUAAAGCUUGCUUGGGAUUAAUUUUCGAAGAAUUUGUCAAUGAAAGUGAUGCUAAGUGAAUUUUCCUGGGUUCCGUAAAGCACUUUUUCUUAUACAAUUGCCAGAAGUGUCAUGGCAGCAAUUAGGUUUAAAAUUCUAAAGAACAAGGGUAGCCUCAUUUUUUGUCUAAAUAUUAUUGUGAUAUGAAACGAUUUCCAUUGUUGAUUAUUAAGAGAAGCAUUAUUUUAUGUUCUGUUGUACAAGAUAAGUAAACGACUUUCUAGCACCAGUCUACGACUUCUGAUUUCUUUCUUUACUUUGGUUUUCGUUUUCCAGUGCUGAUAUCAAUGCUCGAGAUAACUUCAAGUGGACGGCACUGCAUCAUGCUUGCCACUCAGGGCAGAUUGAUCUUGUCCAGUUACUUCUUGAACAUGGAGCAGAGAUGGAUGCGCAAACAAUUAACGGUGGAACACCUCUGAUGAGAGCUAUAGAGAGCUCAAGAGAAUCUGUUGUCGNAUAUUACUUACAUGAAUAUUAGUGAUGCUGCGAAGGUAGGCGAUGUAGAGACACUGAAAUCAGCAUUUGCCAGAGGAAUACCUGUUGAUCAACGGGAUAAGUACUACAAGACACCACUUAUGGCUGCCUGUGCGCAUGGAAACAUUAAUGUAGCUCGGUAUUUGAUACAGAUCGGGUAAGUAAACUGGAAAAUCAAGAUUUUUACUCACUGCUACUGCUUAUAUUGGCCAUUGAGAUUUUUGAGAAUAGAAACUCUGUUUUUGUCAAGACUGAUAAAUUUAAAAGCCUGCCGGCAAAGUUUCAGCUCUGACAGACAGUUACGAGAAAAAGAUCAAACAUUCGACUUCUUCAUCUCCUCUUCUUAAAGCUUGCUUGGGAUUAAUUUUCGAAGAAUUUGUCAAUGAAAGUGAUGCUAAGUGAAUUUUCCUGGGUUCCGUAAAGCACUUUUUCUUAUACAAUUGCCAGAAGUGUCAUGGCAGCAAUUAGGUUUAAAAUUCUAAAGAACAAGGGUAGCCUCAUUUUUUGUCUAAAUAUUAUUGUGAUAUGAAACGAUUUCCAUUGUUGAUUAUUAAGAGAAGCAUUAUUUUAUGUUCUGUUGUACAAGAUAAGUAAACGACUUUCUAGCACCAGUCUACGACUUCUGAUUUCUUUCUUUACUUUGGUUUUCGUUUUCCAGUGCUGAUAUCAAUGCUCGAGAUAACUUCAAGUGGACGGCACUGCAUCAUGCUUGCCACUCAGGGCAGAUUGAUCUUGUCCAGUUACUUCUUGAACAUGGAGCAGAGAUGGAUGCGCAAACAAUUAACGGUGGAACACCUCUGAUGAGAGCUAUAGAGAGCUCAAGAGAAUCUGUUGUCGAAUUCCUCAUUUCUAAGGGGUAUGUUUGAAACUUUUGCUUAAAAAUUAAAACCCAGAUGGUCAUGUUAUUCUGGGAUUAACCAUUUCAGAACCAAAAGGGCUUUUGAUUGAUUUAUCUUGGAUGGAAUGCAGUUGUGACAGGCAUCCCAGACUUCACUGAUGAUUAGGUGAGCAGCAGCUCACGUAUAGCCUGAGAUCGUGCCCUCUCUCUAUCAAGGGCCAAUCGAUCGCUUUCAAGUGCCACUCUUCCAACAUCUGUAAGUGACAUAAUUAUCGAAAACAUCCUGUAUAUCUCUUUCCCACUGCCUUCUUGGUCUUUCUGUUUUCCCAUCUCUCUUUCCCUCUAAGAUAAUCGUUCUCAAGCCCUAACUUCUUUUCAAACGGCCAAAAUGCUUCAGCUUUUGUUUCUUUAUUAAGACUUCUAACCAUUGAUCUUCCACUUUGAGUUCCUCCCUUGAUGACUGUAUCAUUACUUUUAUGUUUCUCUGGCAGGUUCUUUCUUUCCUGCUCUUCUCAAAAAGAGUUGUCUUACUGAUACAAAACUGCGAUGCAAAUAUCUGAUAUCUGGCGUGUGGAUUGUACUAUCCCGAUUGCCAGAUUGGCACAGAAAACUGGCCAACUAACCAACCACAAAUAUUUUAUCUCACUAGAACCAACCUAAGUUUAUUUAAUUUUUCCUUCACUGUUUCCUUUUGUUUUCCUUUUUUCAGUGCUAAAGUUCAGCUAGAAAACAAGAAAGGUCAUACUGCAUUAGAUGUGGCGAAAGCUUACGCCGAUCCUCGAGUGGUAGCCAUUGUACAGAAAAGAUGGGAUGAGAUACCUCCUCCAGUGGAUAAAAAGAAACGUAAGUAAAACGAAUAUAAAGAGCUUUAUAUUGCAAUAAUUAAAGUGGUUUUCCCGUCAGUAUCGUCAUUUCAAAACCAGAACAAUUACUCUGGCGAAUAGACUUUGGAGGACAUGAUCUCGUGCUUCGAUACCACUUAGCAAUGACUCACUGGAUGGCAAGCCAUCCAAGCGUUCAUUCAUUCUAGUGCGAUCGGGCGAAGCAUUUGUAGUCUGAUUUUUCUGUUAAAAAUUAAACGAAAUGACUGGACAAAAUCGCACUCAAAGCUUUGUCAUCUAAAUGAACCCUUGGAUGGCUUGCCAUCCAGCGAAUCGUUGCUUAGUGGUAACCAAGCACGUGACUAAGUGCUGCAAAGGGCCAAUCGGAGCAGAUAAUUACAACCAUUUAGGACUCAAAGUAAAGGCAAAUUAAGCCAAUCACAAACCAAAGCAUUUGUGUAGUUACUCAGGACACCUAGUUUGAACUGGUUUGAAAUGCCACCAGCCGCCCCCUUUCUCUAUGAUUUUUUGGAUCUUAAUUUUAAAUAAUGUAAACAGUCCUUAGUGAAUGUGAAUCGUAUGCUUAGCAUCCUGUCAGUACACUUAAGAAGCGCUAUCACUUGAUCUAUUACAUGAAAAAAUUAUUUCGGGGAAUGUUGGCAUAUGCAUCUUCAUUGUCCGCUUUAAUUUGCACUGGCUUUUUCUUUCCUCUAUAUUCCUGUUAUUUUCUUCGGGUAAUGUUGCUGUUCUGUACCCAAGGUUCUUUUUUUAUCUCUACUGUACAUUUUCAUUAACACUUUCUUCAUUUUUCUGUCUCUUAAGGCUUCUCUCUCGCCUUCUUAUCAACUUCAAACCUUUACAAACUCAGGAGAACUCUUUCGACCAGUGGCUCAACUGAGGAAUCUUUCUAUGCGUCAAGCCCUGACACUUUGUCUUCUGACAACUUGUACCUUUUCUAUUGGGGACUGUCCUCGGGUCCCCAGAAAGCCUUUUGGUUUGAGUAUCUUUACGACAGUUAAAGGAACACGAGGGACGUAAAUUUCUGUGGAGUCAGUGAGUGUUUUUGCUACAAGGUUGAAGCAGUACAGGUCGGGUUAAUUAUCGUCUUGAUGAUAUUUUCUCGGGCUAAGCUUUCUUUUUAGUCGUCUUUGUAUAUAUAUUUUUUUGUUAGUUCCUCUACUUGAUUCAGAUAUCUUCUGCAUGUACUGUAAAAUAUUCACUCAACAAAAAACAAUCGGCAGCCGGCUAAAAAAUCCCCACAACUGGCGAUCAUGAGAGAAGUGCAGCUCCUAACCAGCGAGCCAUACGCAACGUACUCAUAUAGGCAACCGGUAGGUCGUUGUUUACUUGUGUGUAGUUAUGACAGCUAAUGUUGCUUUUGUGCUGCUAUCAUCCGCUUUGCUUUGUCGUCAAGUAUUUGCCUUGUUGCACCUUUUUGCACGCGUAGCCUUUCUUCAUAGCCACCGAGGUUUGGUGUCACAGAGAAACAAAACCAACGUUACUGCGUGUAUCACUGGGCCAAACAACAAACCUCUAUGCAGUCAAGUUAGUUCGGCAGACGACAAGUCAAGGUGAAUGAAGCACACAGACCCUACCCAGACCUGAGGCGUCCCAGUGAUGUUUGCGCAUCUUUCCUCACCAGGGAAAUUUGCACCCCGGCCAAAGUCCAAGGCGCAGUCCAGUGACGCGGAAGGGCUUGGAAACGAAGGCGAUGAUGACCAAGAAGGGCCUGGUGACGACGAUGACGAUGACGGUGACGAUGGCGGGGACUGAGAACGAGCGAGAAUUUCUCUAGUAGCUACAUCAAUGUUUUGUUGAAAAAAAUUUAUUUCCAAUAAAUUGUAUUUUAAAAAGAAACAGUAGUUUAUUCUUGUAAGGGGGAGAAGCAACUUUCCAUGCAUUCUCUUAAAUGAAAUCCAAACGAAAUUAUCACAGCUUGCAACCUUGUCAGCUGAUUUGUGUACUGAUCAUGCUCAUUACGCCAAAAACCAAAGGUCAACGGCCUUAGGUCGAAACAAAAACAUGGCGGUCGAAGACCGGACUGCAAUUAUCCGUGAGAACCUCGUUUCUGGGUCCCAGACCUCUUUCCCCCCCCACCACCACCACCCCUGGUUCUUGUAUUCAGUCUUUUGAAGUGACUGAUAAGGUGAAGGAUGAGCGCUCACAGUUGGGCCAUUAGUCAAUCAAUUUAAUUUUAGUAUCAGUUGAAGAUUCCCUUUCUGUUGUAGAGUCCUCUAUAGAAAGGGGAUUCUGUGACAGCUUUUUUAAAAAAACUUUUUUAACGCUGAUGGUAAAGCUAUGUGCACUCGAAUCCGGAUAUUUUUGAAACCGCAUAUUUUUUAUUUGGAUUCUUGGGGACGUCGACCUUGAACCGCUAUUCACCACUAGCACAUCUCCCAAAAUGCACCUUAUUUGCCCCCCAAAAUUUUGCAUAAGCAUUGUUUUCAAUUUCCCUUGGGACGGCUGUAAUACCCAAGGAGAAAUGGAAAACAAGGGUAACGCAAAAUUUUGGAGGGCAAACAAGCUGCGUUAUGGGAGAUGUGCAAUGGCGAAUGGAGAGAGGUUUCAAAACAAUGCUGUUUUGGGGAGCGGAAUCAUUGGUUUCGUGAGUUCAGAGGCCCGAUUUGUGUAAAAAAGUGUGCGGUUUCGAAAAUAGCCGAAUUCGCGUUGAUGUAGCCUAAAUUUAUUGAUAGCAUUUUGUGUACAUGUGUUUGGAUGUGAGACGUCAGUUCUUUUCUUUAUCACUGACCUUUAUUGUUUUGUUUGCAAUUUAGCAUUGGAAUUAGGUUUUAGCAUUCCAUCCAUUGUUGUCAUCUGUAACCGACCUCUGUAAACUAGAAUAGGAUUGUUGAUCGAAUGUUCCCUAAGAAGUAUUCUCAAUUUUCGAUGUCCUUAGACACAGGGAUAUUUAAUAAAAUAAUAAAAGUGAAUUCAUUGUAUUUCUUCGCCUACUCUUGUGUUGUGCUAUGCCUAGAUUUAUUUUUUGGUAUUCCUUUAAAAACCUUUAAAAAAAAAACAUUGGAGUCAUAAUGGUUCCGUUCUAUUUAAACUUUCUCGACCACUAUAACUCAAGUAAGAGUGUUUGCCUUUUGCUGUCGAUGGUCAGGAUGAAAACGGAUUGUAACCUGAAAACCUUACACCAACUUUUUAAAGGUGAACUCCUGUGUUGUCGAAAAAUGACCAAAAAGGAUCAUACUUUGUUUUCCCUUUUACAGAGUCAUCAUUCAUUUUGCACAGAUAAUACUUGGUUAUAAUUUGUUUACAUCUUGGACAAAAAAUUACUGAAUUCACUGUGGCAAAGCCCCUUUAAGGCUUGGAGUAUGCGGUGCGACAUACCAAGCCACUAACCUUCAAAAUGAAAAAUUUGAAGGUUAGUGGUUAGAAUCUUUCACACAGGAAUAAGGCCUACUUUUCCUGAAGAAUCAAACGCUACGCAAUAAAGUGACUGUUAACUGGUAAUAACUAAAGUUUAGGGAUUCCGGGCGAGAUCUAUGCAAGAGCUCCAACUCCAAUGCUGUGCUUUGCAUACGUGUCACGUGCGCGAGAAAAGGUCCAAACGGGCGUGAUCAGAUUGCGUUAUAUGCAUUCCGUUCAUUCUUAGUGGAAGUCUAAACUAAUGCUUGCUACAAACAUGCUGCGCAUGUGUAAUAACAACCUGGAGAUUAGGUUUGCGGGCUCCUCUGGUCGCCUGCAACAUGCCAUUUCCGAGUUGGCCCAAGCCUUUCAAAGCGAGUCUGAGUGCGAAACCAUUGAUAUGAAAACGAUUUUUUAUUUCCAUGAAAAUAAGAUGCAUUUUCACAAGAACGGUUUUUUGCACGUAGCCUCAUUUUGAAAGUGAGAGCGUUUGGAACUCGUAAAUGGCCCAUUAGAAUAUGCUUUGUUUUCAGGUGUAAUUUGUCACUGCUGGCACGUUUCUGCCGUUUCCUAAAAUUCUUGCUUGUGCUAAUUGUACAUUGUAAAUGUAGGGGAAUGUGUUGUGACACAUAUGCAGUGGAAAGUAGUAACGUUCAGCACAUUGCACUUUUUUACUUGUAUGCUGUAGGUGGUGGAAGCCCGCGAAAGAAAGCACCAAAGUCAGCGGGUUCUUCUAAGACACACAUGCCUAGUGUAAAGACACCAGCAGAUAAAAAACAGGAAGAGGUUAGUUGUAGUAAUCGCCUGAGAAAAACAGAUCGUCUUUAGUUGAGAAUUGACUGGAUUUUUAGGUAUUUUUGGUUAUAUUCUGCAUCAGACCCCCUUUUCCCCCUUACGUUUUGUUACAUGUCCCUGUCCAAUAAUCAUUUCGGGUGCUUGAUUUGGCUUCGUUAAGUAUUUGGCGUGUCAUGUCCACUUAGGUUUCGCCGUGGUAGGUACCUUAUGUUCUUUAAUUAUAUAAGCACCAAUGAAAUACCAGGUGAGCUUUCGCGCGAAAAUUUGCUAUCUUCACAUAUGAAAAUAUCACCGUUGCUAUGGCUUCAUAAUAAAUCGCUCCUUUCACAGCAAAAAAACUAUUAAAGUGAAAUGGUUUGGUAUUUCAUUGGCGUUUAUAUAAUAAAUAGAACAUUGCGUGGCCGCUUGAAGAUACGAAAUUUUUCUUCUCGUGUUGAAAAAAUAUUUCACUCGUCGCUGCGCUCACUCGUGAAAUAUUUUUCAACACUCGAAGAGAAAUUUCGUAUCUCCGCGCGGCCAUGUAAUAUCCUCUAUUUAUUUCGCAAGAAAAACUUGAAAUGUCUCGUCUUUUUUUAGCCUCCAUCCUCAGCACCACUUCCUGGUGUGACAGCUGUACGGAAGUCUUCUGUUUUGCGUGCAGCAUCCGCUUUGGGAAUUAUCAAUGAAAAACCACAGCCCAUAAUAUACACUCCGCGGAGAGCCUGGGUAUCACAACCAACCACUGUAAGUAAGACUAACAUUAGGCACCUGGUUUGCAAAGAAGCUUGUCAAUUCAAGCGCUGCAAAGUUAAUAAUAAGUUGAUUUCAACUCCCCCAAGGUGGUCAGAGCAGAUAGUAAACAAAUGUAUUGAACUUGUUUGCACAAGACGUGUUACAUUUGAUAAGUAAUUGUUAUCAUUUUGUUCCGGACUUUACUAACUGCCCAUAAUUUGUAUCUGUUUUUUUUCUUUUCGUUCAGCUUAUUUUAUCGUAAAAUGAUUCUUCGUUUUCUUCAAGUGUCAGAUCUAGCAGCCAUCUGCUCGUUUCUGAGCUCAUGCACGAGCAAAGUUACUCAAAUGUUCCAACAAUAUAAGGCCAGGCCUCUGAUAGCACUGUUAAUAACCUCAGAAGACAGCCGACAUUUUGCGACGUCACCCCUAGUUUCCCUGUGAAAUGACGUUUUAGAAACGAGGGUAUAAAUUCCAUCCUGAGGACGCCUCACUACGCAGAUGUGGGCAGUUCUGCGCUCGUUUCUCAGACGUCAUUUCGCGGGAAAACCAGUUGUGGCAUCUCGAAAUGUCGGCUGUGUUUUUCAUGUUUAACCAAUCAAAUCAUUCUCAAUCAACAAACUGGUGUAUUCCAUUUCUUCUCGUUUUGUCAACAGGACGAUCUAUUGCGUGGAAGAGAAAUUCGUAGACUUAGAUAUGGAACUGAUAUCGACUUCGCAGAUUACAAACCACCAUUUCAAAAGCAUAUUACUUUAAAAGCGCAAGCUUUGGAAGCGGAAGACAAUUAA